AUGAAGCUGUUGAGAAUUUGUGCAGCCUUGUCACUCUCCUUUCCGACGGUUGAUGCGCUGAAGAGUCCCGUCUUGAAAAACUCUUUUUUGGUGAUGAGAAGAGAAUAUAGGAGUUAUGUGACGUAUUGUAGAUGUCGAGAUGCUGGAAGCCUCCCUCUCUUCGCCGAGUCGAUAGGCUUAUCUUCGAGCACCGGGGCGGCUUUGGUUGCUGCAUUCAACACUUGCAAUACGCUUGGACGAUUCGCUGAAGGGUCAUUAGGUGACAAGAUUGGACCGAUCAAUACUUUUGUCAUCACGAUGGUACUGGACGCCGUGAGCAUGCUCGCGAUAUGGCCCGUCUCACGUACACUAGUACCACUUAUUAUCUUGGCUAUUGUCAAUGGCAUGGAAAACGGAUCAUUUUACACCGUAUUUCCAACUGUUGUUGCGAGUAUCUUUGGUCCUGGAAGGGCAUCUGUGGCGAUGAGCAUGUCAAUCACAGGUUGCACAUUUGGCUACUUGCUCGGUGCACCAAUUGCAGGAUAUCUACAACAAGCAGCUACAGGCGGUCAAAAAGCAGCGAAGAACCUGGACGUAGAGGAUUAUCGGCCUGCUAUCUUUUAUGCUGGUGGGGUGGCGUUGAUUUCUAGUCUCUUUGCACUUCUGGCGAGAGCUCAUAUGAGCAAGAAGAGCAGAAAGUAUAAAUCGUCAGAUUGUACGGAAGUUGUCUGA